AUGGUGAAGUUUUCUAAGCAGUUUGAGUCUCAGCUUGUUCCUGAAUGGAAAGAGGCAUUUGUCGAUUACAAACUACUCAAGAAAGACCUUAAGAAAAUCCAUCUCCUCAGCAAUGAAACUGAAAAUAGGAAGAAAGGAAAUGAUUCUUUAUCCGAGUCCCUAUUCUCGUCUCUAAGGAACUAUAAUUUCCUUGGCCAUAAGCAAAGAGAACAUAGAGUUAUUCAAGUUCGACAUAAACUUGAUGCUUCAUCUAGCAAGGGAGACUUGUAUGAGACAGAGCUGUUGGAGAAGUUUGCUGAUACUGAUGCUGCUAUCGACUUUUUUGCAUGUCUGGACCUUCAGCUUAACAAAGUGAAUCAAUUUUAUAGAAUGAAAGAGAAGGAAUUUCUUGAGAGGGGCGACUCGUUGCUAAAACAAAUGGAGAUUCUUAUUGAGCUGAAAUCUGCUCUUAAGCAAAGAUGCUUGAAAGGGGCUUCUUCCCAAGACUUAAAGGAGGAUGAUUCGAUAUCAGGCACCAUAUCAUGUGAUUUAGAGUCCAUAAAGGACAGGACAGAACUGGAGCCAGAGCUGGAGAUGGAGCCGGAGAAUUCGACUGAUGAAAUUGAAAGAAAUGAUAUGCAAUUACCAGACUUUCCGAAAUCUGGUGAACUUGGAAAAUCAAUUGGAAUGAAAAGACAAGUCUCUCUUUCAAAUCGAGUUAUUAACUACCAGGGGAAGAGCUUAAGGAUUCACAUUCCCCUGACGAAUCUGACUCGUACAUUUUCAGCUAUAACUUAUUUACUUUGGGAUGAUUUAGUAAAUCAAUCCUCCAAGAAAUGUGGUCCAGAGGGAAAUAAGUUGCAUAUCAACAAAAAAAAGCUACAUCAUGCUGAGAAGAUGAUUAAAGGAGCAUUUGUUGAGCUCUACAAAGGAUUAGACUAUCUCAAAACUUACAGGAACCUGAACAUGCUUGCUUUCGCAAAGAUUUUGAAGAAGUUCGACAAAGUGACUAACAAAGAAGUUCUCCCCAUUUAUUUAAAAGUUGUUGAGAGCUCCUACUUCAACAGCUCAGACAAGGCUCUGAAGUUAGCAGAUGAGGUUGAGGAGCUUUUCAUCAAACAUUUUGCUGAAGAUGAUAAAAGAAAGGCCAUGAAGUACCUUAAACCGACCCUGCGAAAAGAAUCACAUUCUGUAACAUUUUUCAUUGGGCUAUUUGCAGGAUGUUUCCUUGCUCUUUUCGUCGGAUAUGUUAUCAUGGCUCAUGUUACAGGAAUGUAUAGGCCUAAAUCAGAUAUGAUGUACAUGGGAACUGUCUAUCCUGUCUUAAGCAUGUUCAGCCUACUGUUUUUGCAUUUCUUCCUAUAUGGAUGCAACAUUUUCAUGUGGAGAAAAACCAGAAUAAAUUAUAGCUUCAUCUUUGAGCUUUCUCCAACAAAAGAACUCAAGUAUAGAGACGUAUUCUUGAUCUGUACUACAUCAAUGACUGCUGUAGUCGGGGUUUUGUUUGCUCAUCUAUCGCUCGUCGCAAAAGGCUAUUCUUAUGCUCAAGUUCAAGCUAUCCCAGGUCUUCUUCUACUGUUUUUUCUUGUGCUCUUGGUCUGUCCAUUCAACAUUUUCUAUAAAUCGAGCCGGUUUCGCUUCCUUUGUGUAAUAAGGAACAUCGUUUUGUCACCUUUGUACAAGGUUGUCAUGCUGGAUUUUUUCAUGGCUGAUCAACUUUGUAGCCAGGUGCCAAUGCUGAGAGACCUGGAGAAUGUGGCAUGCUAUUAUAUAACUGGAAGCUACAAAACUCAGGAUUAUAAAUAUUGCAUGAGGACAACAUAUUACAGAGAUCUUGCUUAUGCAGUUUCCUUCCUACCAUACUACUGGAGGGCUAUGCAGUGUGCUCGUAGAUGGUUCGAUGAAGGACAUAAAAGCCACCUAGUAAACCUGGGAAAAUACGCGUCCGCAAUGCUGGCUGCCGGAGCCAAAGUGGCAUAUGAGAAAGAAAAAAGUGUAGGACGGAUUUGCCUAGUUGUAGUUAUGUCGAGUGCGGCAACUGUGUAUCAACUAUAUUGGGACUUUGUAAAAGAUUGGGGUUUGCUUCUCAAAGUAAGGUUCUUAGGUACCGACAGAGAUGAACUAAUUCUUCGUCAGAAAUUUGUUUACUUUUUCUCAAUGGGGUUGAACCUUGUUCUCAGGCUAGCUUGGCUGCUAACAGUUUUACACUACAAUUUUGGAAGUGUAGAUUACAGAGUAACUGGAUUAUUUUUAGCAGCACUAGAAGUCAUUAGAAGAGGAAUGUGGAAUUUUUACAGAUUGGAGAAUGAGCAUCUGAAUAAUGCUGGCAAAUUUAGAGCUGUGAUAUCUGUGCCACUUCCUUUUCAUGAAAUGGAUGAUCAAGAUUGA